AUGCCUCAGGCUGCGAGGUGGGCAGGGACGCCUUCUAUCAAGGGUCGCAAUGAGUCGACUCGUAUGGCGCUGUUGACGUUUAGUUUGGUGGGAUUGCAGUUUACAUGGGGUACUGAGAUGACCUAUUGCACACCAUAUCUUCUUCAGCUUGGGUUAACGAAAUCCAAGACUUCGCUGGUGUGGAUUGCUGGUCCACUAUCUGGGCUGAUUAUCCAGCCUCUUAUUGGUGUUAUUGCUGAUCGGUCACGGUCGAAAUGGGGUCGUCGGAGACCCUUUAUGAUUUUUGGGUCUUUCAUUGUUGCUUUCUGUCUGCUUGUCUUGGGCUGGACGGCGGAAAUUGUCGCAUUAUUCGUUAAGGAUCCGGAAAAGGCUAAGAAUGGCACAAUUGCAUUGGCAGUUCUGAGUAUCUAUGCCGUUGAUUUCUCUAUCAACGUUGUUCAAGCAUGCUGUCGCAGUCUGAUUGUGGAUACACUACCCAUUUCCUCCCAGCAAGCCGGUUCCGCAUGGGCUGGCAGAAUGUGCGCCAUCGGCCAGCUUUUUGCUUAUGUGGUCGGUGCUAUUGAUACUGUCAGUAUCUUUGGAACAAUCAUCGGAGACACGCAGUUUAAACAGAUGACUGUGAUUGCUGCAUUUUCAUUAGUGUGUGCGGUGGCAGUCACCUCAUACUCGGUGAAAGAGCGUGUUCUUAUCUCAGCAAGGGAUGAUGGAAGUGCUGGUGCGAUCCAAGUUCUUUCACAGCUGUUCAAAACUACAUUCGAGCUGCCGCCUCGGAUUCAAGCUAUUUGCUGGGCCCAAUUUUGGGCUUGGAUUGGUUGGUUCCCCUUUCUCUUCUACAGCACGACCUGGGUCGGUGAGACCUACUUCCGCUAUGAAGUACCCAAGGACGACAUGGCCAAAGCGACAGACAUGCUCGGCGAAGUGGGCCGGGUGGGAAGUCUGUCAUUGACGGUCUUCUCUUCUAUCACAUUCCUCAGCUCUGUCCUCCUGCCAUUCUGUAUCCAACCACCGGAUACCAAGCGAACACGAUUCACCCCACGUCCCCCGCCGGGCGUGGCAGCCGUCCUCAAGGCUGUCACCGCCAUCCGUCCCGAUCUCCAGACAGCCUGGUUGAUCUCUCAGAUCAUGUUUGCCGCAACCAUGAUCUUCGCACCCCUUGCACACUCCCGAGCCUUUGCGACCUUCCUCGUAGCGGCCUGCGGUAUUCCCUGGGCAAUCAGCGGCUGGGCCCCAUUCGCCUUCAUGGGCGUAGAAAUUAACAAAUUGACAACAGGCGGAUACUCCCCCGUGGUACCGGCCUCACGAUCCGGUGUAACAAUGAUAACAUCAGCUAGCCUGCGCAACAAUGCCGCAGACACAGAGCUAGAUGUCCUCCGACUGAACCACCACGACUCGUUCGACAGCGACACCGACGAAGAAGAUCCAUCCUCCAACAUCCCAUCAACAGGCGAAUUAGCUGGCAUCUACCUAGGCGUUCUUAAUGUUUAUACAACCCUCCCGCAAUUUGUCGGCACAUUCAUCAGCUGGAUCGUCUUCAGCAUCCUUGAACCCGGCGCCGAGCCGUCAGACAAGAGUAGUUCGGACACGCAAUGGAUGAACCUAGACAAGGAUAGACCCAACGCCAUUGCCAUCUGCCUCUUUAUCGGGGCAAUCAGCGCCCUCGUGGCGGCCGAGGCCACCCGCCGGCUGCGGUACAUACUUUGA